AGCUGCUGCACCAAGAGGGGACCAUUUCCCCCCAAGACCCAGACACAGCUCUUGCUCCCCCGGAGCGGACAAUGCACUGCAGCUGCCUGGCUGAGGGCAUCCCCGCCAUCGCCUCCCGUAACCUCUGGAUCUCAGGCCUGGCCUUCCCCGACUGGGCCUACAAGGCCGAGUCGUCCCCGGGCUCCCGGCAGAUCCAGCUGUGGCACUUCAUCCUGGAGCUGCUGCAGAAGGAGGAGUUCCGCCAUGUCAUCGCCUGGCAGCAGGGAGAGUACGGGGAGUUUGUCAUCAAGGAUCCAGACGAGGUGGCCCGCCUCUGGGGCCGCAGGAAGUGCAAACCACAGAUGAAUUAUGACAAGCUGAGCCGGGCCCUCAGGUAUUACUACAAUAAGAGGAUCCUGCACAAGACCAAAGGCAAAAGGUUCACUUACAAGUUCAACUUCAGCAAGCUCAUCGUAGUCAACUACCCUCUGUGGGAGGUGCGGGCACCGCCAUCCCUCCACUUGCUGCUGGGGGCCCCUGCUCUGUUUCGACCAGCCCUGGUGCCCAUGGGUGUACAGAGUGAGCUCCUGCAUAGCAUGCUGUUCAGCCAUAGGGCCAUGGCAGAGCAGCUGGCUGGACAGCGGACCCCUCAAGGACCACCAGAGGCCUCCGGGGACAAGAAGGGAAGCGGCAGCAUUGUCCACCGACUUGGCUCUGCCCCAGCCCCCUGCCGGCUCAGCCCUUGCUGCCAUUUGGGGAGCCCCCACGAUGAGCCUCCCAGUUUUGCCUCCUUCACCCCUCCCCUGCCACCCCCUGUCCCCUCUGACUGGCCCCACCUCUCAGGGCCUUUUUUGCCCCCUGUCCCUGCAGGGCAGCACUUCCCAGGGUCCUCCAUGCCGGACACCCUGCUCCCAGGACCCGCAGGGGCCCCAGGGGCCCGGCAUUUUCCCGGCCUUCCUCUGUUGGCCGGGCUGGCGCAGGGGGCUGGGGAGAGGCUCUGGCUCUCACGCCUGAGGCCCGAGGGGCUGGAGGUAAAGCCUGAUCCCACGAUGGAUCCCAGGGAGGGCUUCUCCUCAGAGAGGCAGGAACCCUACAUUGUAGAGGAAAGUCCUGUGUCCCCCAAUCUGGAGAACUUCAAAGCAGUGUGGCCCUUGGAUCCUCCUUAAUGGGGGAGGAAGCUGUGAAGUGGGGGUGUGUCCCCCAAACUCCAUCUCACCUCUUACCUACCUCCCUUCUGGCUUUGCUCCUUCCCCUGGCUGGAAACAGCUUUAAAUUGUAGAAUGAUCUGAAGGAACGGAGUUGCACCCAAGGAGAUGGGGGGCAUCACAGGGAAAAAGCGAAUGUGGGGAUGGGGAAAACUGAGGCAGAGUGCCCCCUCCCACCAAAUUGCUAAUCAGAUUAAGGAGACCUUCUUAAUCUCAACUUUUUUUGAGGGAGAAUGAGAAUAAGGUUUCCACAGGUUUCCAUCAUUUGAAAGACCCCAUACCUGCCCACGUGAGACGGGAAAUUAAG